UUUGGGUCCACAGGACACAGGGACAGAGCCAGGGCUGAGAAAUGCUUCUACCAGUUCAGUCCAAAAUGAGAAGCUUAUUCGGGUUCCUUUGAAGCAACCAGAGCGGGAGAAAUGAGGGGACAGACUCCAACUGGGACGGUGGCAGACAGGGUUGGGGAGGAAAAAGUGAGACAGACAUGGCCACCGACUUACAUUGCAACUUAUACCGGGAGACACUGAGGAGAGAGAAGCCAGUCAGGCAGGGAGCUUGAAGAAAGCCGCAGCGCCGACUCCCCCCCACCGCCCCCCCUUUCCGACCCCCGGGAAAGGCCGAAGGCAGAGGAGGGGGUCUCUGCUGCAGCCAGCCCAAGGGCAUUCAUUCUCUCUCUCUCUCUCUCUCUCUCUCUCUCUCUCUCUCUCUCUCUCUCUCUCUCUCUCUCUGUUCCCUCACACUCUUGGAUGUGUUAAACAGUGAGGUUGUGUGUGCGGUAGCCUUUGGAGACACGUUUCUUUUGUUAAGAUUUAUUUUUUGAAAUCCUGUGUUUGUGCGCGUGAGUGCAGAGUCGGAGGAAGAUAAAGGCGUCAGAUCCCUCUGGUCCUGGAGUUCCAGACAGUUGUGAGCCACCUCAUGAGGGUUCUGGGAAGUGAACCUGGGUCCUCUGCAAGCGUUGAAAGUGUGCUUAACUUCGGAGCCAUCUCUCCAGAGCCAGCAGUUAAUUUGGAAGAUCUGAAGAAGUCGCGCAGAAAGUAGAGGAAGUGUCCACUGUGAAGGUUUUUUGACAUAAAACUGCAACUUUGUCUCUUCGCUUGGUUUUUUUGUUUGUUUGUUUUGUUUUUUGUUUUUUCCCCCUCUCUCUCUUUUUGAAACUCCUCAGGUUCCUGGCAUAGAGGAUCCAGGACUGCAGUGGCUACUUCUGGGGAAGGUCAGAUGGUCAAAUGAAGCUCUUUGGGCGGGAGAAAGAAGGGGUUAAUGAAUUAGACUCAGGUUCAGCUCGUGAGUGUCCCAGGCAGGAGGCACCAGCGGAACUCCGCAACCCCCCUUUUCCCUCCACCGUGGUGACUCAGCAUCCGGGGCGGGGCGCGGUGCCCCUUAUAAGGCGAGCGUCCCUGAGGCCUGGUCCGGUACCAUCGGUGCAGCUCGGAAUUCGUCUACGCCGCAGCGCAGCAGCCAUGCCGCCGUACACCAUUGUCUACUUCCCAGUUCGAGGGCGCUGUGAGGCCAUGCGCAUGCUACUGGCUGACCAGGACCAGAGCUGGAAGGAGGAGGUGGUGUCCAUAGAUACUUGGAUGAAAGGCUUGCUCAAGUCCUCCUGUCUGUAUGGGCAGCUCCCCAAGUUUCAGGAUGGAGACCUUACCCUGUACCAAUCUAAUGCCAUCUUGAGGCACCUGGGCCGAUCCCUUGGGCUUUAUGGGAAAGAUCAGAAGGAGGCUGCCCUGGUGGAUAUGGUGAAUGACGGGGUGGAAGACCUUCGCCUGAAAUACAUCACUCUCAUCUACACCAAAUAUGAGGAAGGGAAGGAUGACUAUGUGAAGGCCCUGCCUGGACACCUGAAACCUUUCGAGACCCUGCUGUCCCAGAACCAAGGAGGCAAAGCCUUCAUUGUGGGUGACCAGAUCUCCUUUGCCGAUUACAACUUGCUAGAUCUGCUGCUGAUCCACCAGGUCCUGGCCCCUGGCUGCCUGGACAACUUCCCCCUACUCAAUGCCUAUGUGGCACGCCUCAGUUCCCGGCCCAAGAUCAAGGCCUUCCUGUCCUCCCCUGACCAUGUGAACCGUCCCAUCAAUGGCAACGGCAAGCAGUAAUGUCCAGGAGAGACCGGAGCUGCCUGUCCUCCUUUCCCCAGCACUAAUAAAGUUUGUAAGACAGAA